GCAGGGGGUUGGACUAAAAAGUUCCUAUCUGUAAUGAUAGGAAGGAUUUGAAGGAGAGCUUGGCUUCACUUAGAGCAACUACUGGGACGGUGGGCCUUUCCUAAUAAGGGGGAAAGCCCGGGAAAAUCAAAACAGAAGGACCAAUCCAGAGUACUGGGCGGGAACGACACUCACAGCCACCAGCAGAAGAAGAGAAGGCUUGGUGCUGUUUGUUCUGUCCCAAGAAUUCCCUGAAGAAACAGCUGACUGAGAAGCUGCUGGGUAAAUGGGAUGGCCACGGCCUGGAGGCUGGGGACAGCAGGAAGAUCCCUGCCUGUACUUAGAUGGAGAGACACUGAUGAGCAACUUCAGGGUGAAGAACACUUGAGCUCUCUUAUUUGCAACCACUUAUGGGCAAAUUUGCUUUAAAUUCUUUGGAAGGAGAACACUAGGAUGAGUGAUAACAUUCUUAACUGCUAUCAAAACCGGCCCUGUGAAUUCUGUCAGCGGACUGAUGACUGUCCUGAAAAAUAUGGGGAAAAGAGGACUUAUGAGGAAUACAAUCUCACUGUUCAUUAUUACUGUCUGUUGAUGUCAAGUGGAAUUUGGCAGAGAGGUGAAGAAGAAGAAGGUUUUUAUGGGUUUUUACCUGAAGACAUCCAAAAAGAAAUUAAUCGAGCUGCAAAACUAAAAUGUACUGUCUGUAAGAAGAAAGGUGCUUCAGUUGGUUGUGUGAUAUCCAGGUGCAAACGUAGUUACCACUUUCCUUGUGGGGGAGAGAGAGGAUGCAUUUUCCAAUUCAGGGAAACUUUUCCGUCAUAUUGCUGGAAACAUCGUCCCUCUCAAAAACGUCCCUCUAACCCUAAAGGAUCCUCACAAUGUACAAUAUGUUUGGAACUGAUUGAACAUGCACCAUCAUAUGCCAUUUUGACAAGUCCAUGCUGUAAAAAUGCUUGGUUUCAUAGAGAAUGUUUGCAGUGUCAAGCUCUGAGUGCAGGAGUUUUUUUCUUUAGAUGCCCAGUAUGUAAUAAUAAAGAGAAAUUUCAGAAUGAAAUGUUGCGAAUGGGCAUCCAUAUUCCGGAAAAAGAUGCCUCCUGGGAACUUGAAGAGAAUGCAUACCAGGACCUUCUUCAAUGUUACCAACACUGUGAUAUCAGAAGAUGCCUCUGCAAAAAUGGGAGAGACUACAAUGAGCCUGAUAGCGAAUGGGAAAUAAAGCGCUGUCAGUAUUGUGGUUCCAGUGGAACUCAUUUGGCAUGUUCCUCACUAACAACGUGGGAACAAAAUUGGGAAUGUAUAGAAUGUAGAACCAUCCUUGCCAAGUCAAAUGGUAGCUGCCAGAAAUGGCGAAAGCGCUCUUUGCCCAUGUCAGAAAAAACAGACAUUGGAGAUGGUUUGUUGGAAGAUCCAUCACCCAAAUGCCCUAGACAGUCUCCUGGAUCACAUCUUGGCUUCCUAGUCAGGUCCCCAAAGAUGAUAUGCCAUAAUGACUUCACUCAGUGUUCACAACUGGAUCUUCCCUCUUCGAACAACAGACUGAUAUCCCCAUGCCCCUUGAUCAGUCCUUCAGUGAGGAACCUGUCACUAAGAAGAAUGCAACUUGGAAUGCAAAAAAGAGAAGUUUCCAAUAUACUGAGGGAACUAAGAUCACAGAUUAAUACCAAACCUACAAGACUGAAUAUCAAUAGACAAAACAUCUGGGAUAGUGCCUUAAAAGCAUUUCAGAAGCGGAACUUCAAUCCUGCCAAUACUAUUGAAGUAAACUACGUAAACUGCAAGAGUAAAAUAGAACUGGAUAUCUGUCAUUCAUCAAAGGAAGACUUCUUUCUAUUACUGAUGCUUCACCUUCAGAACUCGUCACUCUUUGAAGGUAGUUCUUCAAAGAACUUGUCUUUUGAUUCUCAAGCUCUUAAAGAUAAUCUCUACUAUGAAGCUGGAAGAAUGAUUGCAGUUUCUCUGGUUCAUGGAGGCCCAUCCCCCAGCUUCUUCUCCAGAACCUUGUUUAAUUGCCUUGUUUAUGGCACAGAGAAUGUGAAAGCAACUAUGGAAGAUAUUGCUGAUCUGGAUGUUUUGCAGAUAAUUAAACAGAUAGAAUCUGCAGAAACUCUGAGCAGUUUGGAAUCAGCAGUGAGUGAUUGUUCUGACUAUCUCACCACCGUUGGAUGUUUAAAACUUGUAACAGCUCUCUGUGAUAAGGAUAUGUUGGUGAAUGAGAUACUGAAUUACCAUGUCAUCAGGAGAACACUUUUGACUUUUGAAAGCUUUAGACAAGGCUUGAAAACACUUGGGGUACUGGAAAAAAUGCAGAUGAAUCCUGAUGCAUUCUGUAGCAUAUUAUGCUAUAAGCCUGAGAAACUUUCAGCAAAACUUCUUGGUGAUCUCUUUACAAGCCAUGGUCUACUUGGAGCAGAUAAAGCCAGAAGUCUUGAUUUCUGGAUGGGUUAUUUACAGGAGACAGAAGGUGGUGAAUCAGCAGUAACCCUGGAGGAUAUCUUGGUGUUUGCAACUGGCAGCCAUAGUAUUCCACCCAUUGGCUUUGAUCCUGAGCCCACAAUUAUGUUCCUGCAUAUAAAAUAUCCCAUUGGAAAGAGACACCUUAACUGUUUAGAGCUUCCAAUAACAAAGUCUUAUGAGAAGUUCAAAAGAAUUCUGGAUUUUACCAUCAGAAGUACUCUAAGAAACAGAAGUACAUUAGUCACUACAAUGAAUGCUGAAAAUUGAAUGAUGAAGCACACUUGAAGCUAGUAGCUGCUGCUGGAUACUUGCAUACAUUCACCUUCAAAGGCUUACAGCUUAAUCGUGGAAAUGCCUUAAUUUCAGUCUUUACAUUUUGAAUUUGGUUUCAAAAUGGUGAGCAAACAAAGCUUUUAAAACACGGUUUUGCAUUAUUUGCAUUUUUAAGACAGUUUUGCAUUAUUUGUAUUUUUUAAAAGACAUUUGAACUUAAUCUCGUUCCUAGCCAAGCCCUAUUUUUUAACCUAAACCAUCCAGUGCUGAGUUCAUACAUAAUUAUCUGCUAAUGUGCUGCAUUCCCCAACUAUGUUAUAAACAACUGUAUUGCUGGCAAAUAGAUUUAGGAAUCCCUUUACAGCUUAUUUGUACUCCUUUUGAUAUCCAGGAAGUCAUGUUUCUGUUUUAAGUUGACUUUCUGAAGUGGUGCACUAAGAAGGAAGAGAAUAUUUUACCUACUAAAUGGAAGGCUGUAUGUGUAUUUCAAGUAUUCUAGCUAUCACUUAUGGGCAAGGAUAAGGAAGCUAAACACAUUACCUCAUUUUAUAUUUUGUCAAAUAUGUGUUUGACCAAAAACAAGUAAAAAAAAUCCAAAAUAAAAGGUUACUUACCUUUUUUGAAUAAUAUUUUUGAAGGGCAACAAAGCUUUAUAAUGUGAUAGCUGAGCUGUGGUAUACCAGCUACUCUAGUUAUCUUUCCGUUCUACAGUCAUUCCAAAGCUUUGCCUUUUGAAAUAAAAAUAUUUGUCUUAAAUGUUCAUAGGUUAGGAAAAAUGUACGGUGUUUUAAAGGAUUAGUAGUUCAGAGAAGGUAUACGCAAAAUAAAAUGUGCUAGUUAGAUCAGUUUCCUGGUUCAAUUGAAAUGCUUAGCAGUUGUACAUAGGUUUUUAGUAGGAGUGUUCCUGUUUAUCCAUAAUUAUGUAUCAUAGCUCAAUUUUAAAUGUUACUGUUGGAAAUGGGCAGAGAUGAGUUAACAUAUGCACCAAUUUGUGUAUACAGAAAUAACAAGUUUAAGGUUUCCAUUAUAGUUUGAAAUCCUGUGCAUUUCAGAUCUCAUUUAAAACAUUUUCUGUUUUCCCAGACACGUUGCAGAUAUACCAUAUACAGUAUUAAAUCUAACAAAUCAAGUAGAACUGAUCUAGUAAUUUGCCUGUCCAGCCAUACCUCUAGUGUCAGACAUGAUAAGUCAAUGACUUGGAUCCAAAACUACUAGUAUGAGCUUGCUUCUGCUCAAGCAAGGGCACUCUUCUGCUUCUUUCUGGCAGUGGCUCCCAGUGUCAUCUGAAUAGCUCCUCUAAGGGGUUUAGAGCAGUGUUCUCUCUAAGGUGUGUGCGCACACAUUUUUUGAAGUCUACUCAGUUAAUUUUAGGCCCCGCUCAGGUUUAAUCAGGAAGGUCCCACUCUGAAUGCAUGUGCACACACUGCCUUGAUACUGCUGCCCAGAACAAAACUCAUUCUGCACACAGAUGGAAAAGAUUAGAGAGAUCACUGGUUUAGAGAUCCAGGGCAGUGUUUUGGUGAUAUGACGAUCAGCACCUGCUCUUCUGUAGAAUAUUAUUGCAUUUGAAAUGAAUCGCUGUGACUUGCUCAAGUAUGAGGAGAUGCUGCUAAACUGCAUUAAAAUGAAUGCUUCAUAUAGACAAUUUUGGUGGUGGGGUCACUAAUACUUUGCACUUGUGAGUAGAAUAUUGGGUAAAAUAUAGCAUGAACACUUACAUGUAUUUAACCCAAUAUUCCACUCAUAAAUAGGAAUUAUAUCUUAAGCUACAUUUUCUAAACAGGGACACUGAAAUCAUUGAUUUUUAAUUAAUCACGGAGUGCUACAGCAAGGCCUAGUUGGUUCAGUGUGCAAUCAUCCCACUUGAUUUGAAGGGAUAGAUCUCUACCACUUGAUUUUAAGGAAUUUCUAUGAAACAUUGAAGCAAGCCAAGAAGCUAAGGCUUUUUUCAGUAUUGUCCAGUUUGUAUUAUUACUUUUUACGUGUAGCUGAUGUGAUAAACAUAUUUUCCUAUAAAAAUAGAACUUUGAAAAGUAGAUUUUGAAAAUAUGUAGCAAGUUAGAAAUAUUUGCUUUUGAGAUGCCCUAAUUCUUAUAUGGGAUUAUAAACUUUGUUUCUACUGUCAGCUUGAUGUGAUUAGGAGAGUGCUAACUAUUGUGAGCCUUCAGCCCUUCACACUGUGGUCUGAAAUCUGGCUGGGAUCUAAAGAGCUACUUUUUAACAGCAGGCCCCCAUGCCCUAUUAUCUGUUUUUGUGAAAGUUGUCUCUGGCUCAGAACUGGUUUCCCAUAAGGCAUAGUGGGUUGGUGUUUGGGAAACACAAACUCAAAGCAAUUCAUUGUGGGUAAAUUUGGGUUUUUUGUUUCUGGAUCCUGGGCUGUUUUCUCUAACCGUACUUUAUCAUCUGGAAUUCACUUUGACUCAUGCCUCACUAGUCCCAGUGGAAAACAAGCUUUAUAAAUAAUUAUUAUUGUCAAACCUCAAAACAUUAUGGCUAGCCAUCCAAUGUAGUAUUUUUGUUCCCUAAUGUAUGUGAUCCAGUAAGGUUGUUCUCAUGACCAAAGUGGGCUGGGCUGGGAUGAAGGCAGGAUCAGAGCCACCUCUGGGCUCUGCCGCUCCCAUGCUCGCACAGCUGGCGCAGCGGUGAGCUCCAAAGCCCAGAUGAGAGGGGAGAAGCUCACACUGGGUCCUCUGUGACCCCACAAUGCACUGCACAAGCAGUGGAACUACUGACAAGUGGAACAUUGCAGCAGCACCGCUCUGCCUGCCCCCAAUCCCUGAUCUGUGAUUAAAAUGGCUGUUGAUUACCCAGGAACAGCUUUACAAGUAGCAGCAGCCCAGAUGACCAAAACACGAGGUAGGAUGGGCUCAGUUUCACUCCUACCUCACUUUUGACCCAGGUAGUGGGUCUGGGCUACCUGGGUCUGGAGCAGCUGGGUCAGGCGGCCUCCUGGUGGCUCAAAUGACAACAGCUGCCUGGAUUAAUUCUCCUACCCAGGUAGCCCAUGUCAUGAGAAUGGGCUCUGUGUCUGACAAGUGGAACAGAGCUGUUUGCUAGACAUUUCUCCAAGAUGCUUGCUCUUAAAUGUGGAGGGCUGUACCCAGUGCUCCACAAAAACACCACAUCCCUCUCACAAUUGACUCUAUGCAACUGCCAGAGGACCACAUAGCUGAAAUGAAACAAACACAACCACCCGUGCACAAGUUUGAAUAGCUAUGUUAUCUGUGGGGCUAAGGCUUUGUUCCUGGCACCUUUCCUCAUUUCUUUGCAUCUUUCUUCAUGCUCCUAUUCCCUGCUAUAUUUGUGUAGCAGCUUGUUGAAUCUGAUCAUUUGGAAUAAAAUUACUGUACUGAAUGAUCUCUCUGUCUUAAAUAUCUUAUGUACACAGGGUGUGAACAUCUUAAGCUGUUCAAAAUGUGAUUAGUUCCAUUUGUAGUUCUUUCUAGACUAUAUAAUCUACUUACCAAUCUACUGACAGAGAAAAUGAAAAAUGCUGCGAAGUCAUGGGACUUGCAUGUAUGGAUGUGUACUUCAGGGCAAAAAUGUUCAAAAAUGGAAAUAUUUCAAGCAUUCAAACAUACAUCCAUAAAGUGGGGAAAUGUCUUGAACAUUGUACUUAUGACUUGAAAAUUGUAUUUUUUUUAGGAAAUGCUCUCAAAACAGCAAUGUUUUAAUGGCAGUUAUGGGUGUAUGAAUUAGACUUCACUGGAUGAAAUCUACAUCAAUAAAAACAUCCAAAGAUCAAAAUAUUCAAAACUUGAGAUUUGUUCUCAUGUAAGCAACUAUUGGUUAAAAAGAAGGCAAAUAGUUAUUAAACUCUUCUCUAGGUAGGGAAAUUAAACCUUUAGCAUUACCAUUAUUAUGUAAAAGUAAUGUAGAAUACAAAUUUUGCUUGUACAGUUAUAAGUUUGUAAAUAUUUAGUCUUUUCUGUUAAUCCCUAUAAUGCUUGUUCCUCAAAGCCCGCUAUAGCUUCCAGGCUCUAUUAUUGGUUGCUCUUGCAUUACUUGUAGAAAUAUGUUAUGGGAGAAGUGUCAUGUGUAUAUGUGUGCGUGUUUAUAUAUAAAGUGCAAUAAAUCAAGGAUUUUAUUAGUUAACAGAACUAAAGAUAACUCCUGUUCAAUUGCAGUUGGACUCUGUUCUGGUACAAUAGUGAUGUCCUAAUAACUGUCCUGCAUAAAGACACAUAAGGUUUGCAGUGUUAUCACAUUUAAACAUUUGAUUCAAUUGUUGGUUGAAUCAAAUGUUUAUAUAGCAUACUGACUAUACAAACAAAAUUGGUGUAAUAUAGGUUGGAUGAUUCCAAAAUAUAUUGGUUAACAUUCACAAAAAUGAACAACAACCCAUAAUUACAUAUUAUACAGUCAGUUUUAGAAAACUAUGAAAGGUUCUUUAAAUGUACAACCCUUAAGACCAAUUACCCUCAAAACAGCAACUUAUACAUUAACUCUCCCCCUCCCCCAUAAUUACUAAUACUACAAAUACUUAUACUCUUCAACCAAAGUUCUCAAAGCGGUAGAAAAAUAAAUAAUACAUACAUAAAAUGUCUCCCUGUCCUCAAAGGGCUCACAAUCUAAAAAGAAGUAUAAGGCAGAUACCAGCAACAGCCACUGGAGGGAUGCUGUGCUGAGGUUGGAUAGAGCAUGUUGCUCUCCCCCUGUUAAAUAUAAGAGAAUCGCCACUUUAAAAGGUGUCUCUGCUCAGUUACCAGGGGUAAUUACCACAGCAAUACUUGAAAAUUAGUCACCUGCUACAAUAUAUUCAUACUAUUAAAAAAACAUAGGAAGCUGCCAUAUACUGAGUCAGAUAUCUAGCAGCAACUUCUCCAACAUGUAACAUGUAUUGAAAGGCAAAUUUUUUAGAACUGACUGAAUUGCUUGUAACACAUACAUAGUAUGCAUUGCCAUUUUGGCUCAGAGACACAGGGUCUGAAAGUGAUGGCUGUUGGAAGUGAAGUGAAAGUAGGAAGAAUUGUCAUGGUAUGGGCUCCUUCAGAUUGCUCAAAACACAGCCAUUAGAUUCUCCUUCUGGAAACACACCACAAAAUUCUGACCAUCAGUUAAUCAUGAGGUGUGAAGAAGUCCUCCUUCAACCUAGAUUGUAUCUCCAGUGAUGUUUUGUUUCUUUAAGGUGGGAUAGCAUGAAGUAGUUUGACUUGCAGGACAACAGGUGUGCAAGGACAAAUGUUUUAGAAAUAAAGUUGGAACAUUUGUUUUGUUUGGUGGUAACUUGCGACCGGGGCUUUGGAAUAACUGCAUUUCCAUGUUGAAAUACGAGCAUUUCCUUCUCUGUUUGCUUUUAGAAAGCAUAUGGUGUAACAGGCUUUUAAGUGAAAAACUGUUUAACUUGUUUUUAUUUUAUCAGACUGUGUUUUUAUAGUAUUUUGUGAAAUUUUAAUUGUUUUUACUCUGUUUUAUAUUGUGUUAAACUUUAUACACUUCUAGAGAUGUACAUAUCAGGUGGUAUAAAAUAUGAUAAACCUCAUAAAGUGUGUGUGUAUUAAAUGCACAAUAUUUCAUGA